AUGGACCACGAGGCGAUGGAGAGCGCUGUCAGGGCAGCUGAGAGGGAGGAGAAAUUGGCAUUCAGCGAGUACCCGUGGAGUGACAGUGCUGAGGAUCUCAGCAAGCAGCAACCGGACGUCGAGAAGAUGGUGCCGAUGAUGGAGGACGUGGAUGAUGUCAAUGAACGCAUCCAGCCAUACGAUGCCGUUCGCGAUGAUCUCGAACUGAACUGGACUCUGAUCAUUUCGAUUAUCUCUCCAUCAUCCAAAUCAUACGUCUUAGUGGUCGAUCUAUUCAUUGUUGGAUAG